AUGUUUGACAAUGAUUCUAAUUAUUUGAGUGAACACCCAAGAGUGUACAUUCCUACUACUACAGUUGAAGCAGACAUCGGAUGUUACAACUUCAAUAAUCCAAUUGAAAAGCUUUUAAUCUCUGAGAAUGCCUUUUUGUUAAAUGAAUCUAAUUUUUAUGUGAACAACGCAAAUAAAAAACAAAUACCAUCCACUAUCACAAAAAUUCCAAAGUGUUGCUUUUCAAGGUCAAAACUUGAAGAGUUUGUCGUGCCACCAAAUGUGCGUGAAAUUGGAACAGAAGCCUUUUCGGAUUCACCGAGUUUGACGUCACUUUAUAUCCCAAAAAGUGUUACAAAAAUUGAAAAACGUGUUGUUGCUGGAUGCACCAAUUUAAAUUCGAUUGUAUUUGAAGAUGGACGCACUUUUGAUAUCGAAAAAGAAACUGAAUAUAAGAAAUUAUUCACAAUAAUAGAAGUACCAUCAAGUGUCACAAAAAUAUGUUAUACGUUUUUCAAAAAAUACAAAAAUUUGCGUGAAAUUGUAUUUUCUACAACAAUCAAAAAUUUUGAAAGUUUAAUAUUUGGCGAGUGUAACAAACUCACUAAAAUAUCAUUUUGUAACCGUUUAAACAAAUCAGACAAUUCAAAUGUGAAUGACAUUGAACAAUUCAAAAAAAUUAUUUUUCAAAACAGUUGCUGUCAGUUACGC